AUCGGGCUGGACUCCGGGCAGAGGCACAUCGGGCAGGACUCCGGGCAGAGGCACAUCGGGCAGGACUCCGGGCAGAGGCACAUCGGGCAGGACUCCGGGCAGAGGCACAUCGGGCUGGACUCCGGGCAGAGGCACAUCGGGCUGGACUCCGGGCAGAGGCACAUCGGAUCACCAGGGCGAAGCAGCAGGCACCGGGCCCCCAGGCGGGGCGACAGGCAUCGGGCCCCCAGACGGGGCGACAGGCAUCGGACCCCCAGACGGGGGCGGCGGGCACCGGGCCCCCCAGACGGGGCGGCAGGCGCCGGGCCCCCAGACGGGGCGGCGGGCACCGGGCCCCCCGGACAGGGGCGGCAGGCGCCGGGCCCCCAGACAGGGGGCGGGCGCUGGGCCCCCAGGAGGGGUGACAGGCAUCGGGCCCCCAGGCGGAGCGGCGGGCACCGGACAUCCAGCGGAGCGACAGGCACCGAGUCACCAGGCACGACAGUGGGCUCCGAGUCAACUGGCAUGACCGCUGGCACUGGGUGAGACAAUGGAUCGUCUGGCUGGACAGCGGGCAUCGGGUCACCAGGCAUCAGGUCAUUUGGCUUGACAGCGGGCACUGCGUCAUUUGGCAAGGCAGUGGGCACCAAGUCACCAGGCA